AUGGACUCCACUAANAAGCCCUGGCUGGGCGAAGGCCUGCUCACCGGCAAGGGGCCGCAUUGGAAGAAGCAUCGCAAGCUGCUGACUCCAACCUUUCACUUUGCCAUUCUGAACAAGUUCAUUCCAGUGAUGAACGCACAGCUGAAGACGCUGCUGGGCGUCAUCGAGUCGAAGAUGGACUCCACUAAAAAGGGAGUGGCCGUCGUCGAGGACAUGCGCCCCGUGGUCACCAACUGCACCGUGGACAUCAUCUGCCAGACGGCGAUGGGCAUUCGGGUGAAUGCCCAGCAGGCGUGGAUUGACUGGGAAAAGUCGGGCGCAGAUCAUGCCAAGAAGACGCCCGAAAGCGAGUACGCCGACGCCGUGCGCUCCUUCCUCGACAUUGUCCUCCACCGCUUCAUCAGUCCCUGGCUGUACCUCGAUUUUAUGUUUCGCCUCUUCCCCAGCGGGCGCCAGAGCGCCGCCCACGUCCGAACGAUGCACGCCUUCACCAACAAAGUGAUCACCCAGAGAAAGGCGGAGAUGGAGGCCCGCUUCGACUACUCGAUGAGCGUCGAGCAGGCGAUCAAGCACAUCAGCGAGGGCAGCCGAAUGGACUUUCUCGACCUGCUGCUGGUGUACCACCUCAAAGGGCAGGACGACUUUGACCUGGUGAGCAUUCGCGAGGAGGUGGACACUUUCAUGUUCGGCGGCCAUGACACCACCUCGACGACGCUCCACUUUGCGCUGCUGCUGCUCGGCCUUAAUCGGGAUAAGCAGGCUCUAAUUCACGAGGAGCUGGACAGCAUCUUUGGCGACGACCUGGAACGGGACGUGACUGCUGAUGACCUCAAGCAGAUGCCCUACAUGGAGAUGUGCAUCAAGGAGGUUCUGCGCCUCUAUCCACCGGCGGCCUUUUUUGCUCGCACCAUCUCCGAAGACUUUCAGUGCGAUAAGUACCUAGUACCGUCGGGCACCACUUUCCUCGUCCUUAGCUACGCCAUUCACCGUGACCCUGAGGUGUACGAGAAGCCGGAGCACUACAUUCCGGAGCGCUUUUCGCCCAACUCCACCGUAUCGCAGAACCCCUUUGCCUUCAUUCCCUUCUCCGGUGGGGUCCGCAACUGCAUCGGCCAAAAAUUCGCCAACAUGGAGCUGAAGAUCUUCUUGACAACUAUUCUUCGGUGGUACACCAUUCGAUCGCUGACCAGGCAGGAGGACAUUCUCCUCGACUUUGCCAUCAUCUCAAAGUCGCACACGCCCAUCAAAAUGCAGUUUACGAGGCGGUGUGCAGCGUGA